AUGGCAGAAACACAAAACACUCAACAAGAUGAAGACAGUCCCCCUUAUCCGACAUUCAACGAACGCAAAAUCGAAGACAACAAGAGACCAUAUUUCUCAGCAGCUUUCAAACGUUUGAUAUGGCCGGUCAGAGGCGAGUUCCCAUCUGCCAUUUCGGUCAUGCCAGAACCUCACCGAAACAUUGGCACUCCGCAACCAUUAUUCAACCCAGAGACUGGAGAGUGGCAUGAAAUCACUUCGCAAUCGAUCACGGAUACAAAAGUCUCACACCUCGAAGCAUCUCUUGCGAACCUGGACUCUUGGGAGCGUAACUGGGAGCGGGUGCAUAUGGAACAUGCUGAUCCAGAGUACGACGAGUGCGAAUUUGUCACCUAUGGCGAUCUCGACAAUGACGAGCGUCCCUUCGCAGGAGAACCUGAGCGGGAGGAUGGCACGUGGAGUUGGGACGAGUCCUCGGACACCGAGAUCCUUGUCCACUGCUGCGGCGAAGAUCGUCCACUGGGUAAAGAAGGGCUUACACUCGAGGUGCGCCCAUCGUCUGAAAAUAAUUUCGUCACCGUCAAGGACUACGUUGGCGCCGUACACCCUUGGCUCAUGAGUAUGGAAGAUGACAUCCUUGCAGCAAUGCGCACAGCAGAGCCUGGAUAUCCGGAUUCCACUGAGUGGAGGCUGAGCAAUGCUUACUCUGAUGGCCCGAGGCAUCAAAUCAUCCUUCCCGAACUUUGGGAGUCGCAGAACCGGCCGAAUCAAAACACAUGGUGA